AUGGGUGGUAGGAGGUUGGUGUCUCUUCUGUUUUCCCGAGCCGGAGUUUCAAAUUGGAUAUGCCGGCGGCGGAUGAGCACGUUGAGCGUCUCAGAUGGAUCUUCUCGGUCGACAAAGGUCUUGCCUUGGCUGAUGCUACCGCCAGCCGUCGAAGGCGGCCAAGUGACUCACAACUUCUACAGCCUCGGCGAGAGCAGAGUAUUGAGCAUCAGAGGCGGCGGCGAUGGUUUUAACAUCGACGACACAAAAUUCGUGGGAUCUUCAAAGGGUUGGCUAGCUUUGUUGAAUAAGACCAACGACGAUCUGUUGCUCACAAAUCCCCUCUCCCAACGCCACCUUAAGCUUCCGCCCGUCCCAUUGAACCCUAACAACAUAUUCGGGUGCGUAGAAGGUCUCAUCACCUCAUUCUCUCCCAACGAAGAAGAAGAAGAAAACUGCCGCGCAAUGAUGAUUUACGGAUAUGAACUAGCAUUUUGCUGCCCCGGCCGCAGCACUGAGUGGACUCCCAUUGGAUCUCGUCUUACCAACGACGGCUUUAAUGGGUCCGAGGUGGUUAGAGUCUACGAGUCCUUUGUCUACUCCGCCGCACAAGAGUUGUUCUUCUGCGUCACCGAGAACAGCGAUUUCGAGGCUUGGGAUCUGCGUGACCCGCACUCUCCGGUGAUGAUUCCGAUGAACGACUUGUCCGCGGACCCGGAGAUGUACCCCGUCGCCUACCGUUCCCGUGAAGAGUUGGUCAUGAAAUAUUUGUGCAGGAUGAUGAGAUCCCUCGUCGUAGACGAGAAAUCCGGUCAGCUUUUUCUGGUGAUUAGGUUCGUGGCUAAUAACGUGGACUCUAAUGGCUCCUUUGUUUCGCCCGAUCUCUGCUAUGAUGAAAGUUUACCUUACAAGACUAUCGAUUUUGAUGUUCAUAAAUACGAUCCGGAGAGCAGAGCAUUUAUGUACAUGGAUCAUGGUUCUUCGUUGGGAGGGGACGACGACGGUCUGGCCUUAUUCAUAGGUACAAACCACAGCUUUGCCAUCUCAGCCAAAGACUACCCGGAGGGAUUUGUGAAACCCGAUUCUAUUUACUUUACUGAUGAUCUUCUUAGGAAUGACUUCGAUGAUGAUGACGAGCUUGAUUAUGGUGGGCAUGACAUCGGCAUUUUCAGCUACAAGGAUCGAUCUUUCUCACCCUGCUAUUACCCGUCUGAUGCCAAGAGCUUUCGAAGGAUUUCACCCUCUCCAAUGUGGUACACUCCCACCCCACCCCUCUAG